AAUGAAGUUGUUUUUCAUAUCAACAUUUUUACUCGGAAUAUCAGGAUAUUCUGUUGAUCCAUCCCUACCCUUCCUACCCCCGGAUAAAGUUAUAUUAUCCGAUUACCACAACCACAACCAGCUCCAGGAUAUCUUGACCACACUUGCUACAGCAGAUUUUGCUGAGAAAUAUAGGAUCGGACGCAGCGUGGAGGGAAGAGAAAUAGAAGCUAUCAAAAUAUCAGGAGGACCAGGAAGUUUAUCAGAACGACCUCUGUUAAAGCCGAUGGUGAAGUAUAUUGGAAACAUGCAUGGAAAUGAGGCAGUUGGAAGAGAACUACUUCUUGGCCUCGCUGUUCAAUUGGUUAACAUGUAUGGUGAGGAUGAGAGAAUAACUAAACUGUUGAACACUGUUGAGGUCCAUCUUGUACCUACCAUGAACCCUGAUGGGUUUGAAAGAGAACAAAGAGAGAAUGUGAAUGGUGUGGAUCUAAACAGGAAUUUUCCUACAUGGAAGGAACUCGGGAAUUCAAGAGAAGAACUUAAGAAAGGAAAGGAGAAGGAGACUGCAGCAAUGAUAGAUUGGAUUCUUGACAAUGAUUUCCUACUUUCAAUAAACUUUCAUGAUGGUGCUGUAGUUGCUAACUACCCUUGGGAUGAUAGAAACAUGAGACCCUCUACUGUAUCUAAACGGUUUCUUUCUGAUGGGGAGAAUAAUAGAUCCCCGGACACCAAGGUCUUUGAGAACCUGGCCAAGCUUUACUCAUCCAGGCAUACUACUAUGCAUGUUGGUGGAGCCAGCUGUGUGUCCGCCGGGUCCUUUGAUUACUUUGAAGAUGGAAUCACUAAUGGAGUUGAUUGGUAUCCAAUCGCUGGAGGUAUGCAAGAUUUUAACUAUCUAUUUACAAACUGCAUGGAGAUAACUGUCGAACUAUCAUGUAAUAAGAAACCUGGAGCUGACAAAUUACAGGGUGAAUAUGCUAAAAAUAUUGAAUCAAUGUUGGCGUACAUUGAGUCCGCAGAGAAAGCAGUGAGAGGACUGGUAAUGGACUCAAACAACAAUCCCGUAGCAGAUGCUGAAGUGAUAGUUGAGGGGGAGGGGAAGAUAAUCACAACAACGAGCAGGGGAGAAUAUUGGAGACUACUGAUCCCAGGGAAAUACAGGUUUAAAGCUGUUGGGAACGGCCAGGAAAGUGACUGGACUGAGGUUGAUGUUACUGAUGGCCCAGGUCCUAGGAUUGACCUCAGAUUAACAAAGGCGGCUGAAGAAACAACUGUGAAUCCAAAUACAACAAUUGAGAAUGAAAAUGAUAUCAAGGGUAUCCAGGUAGAAAUAGCUCCUGGUUGGUGUUUAGAGAUAACAAUAUUCAGACUACCCGGCUGGUGCUAGUCCUAGACUACAAUAUUUAGACUACCCGGCUGGUGCUAGUCCUAAACUACAAUAUUUAGACUACCCGGCUGGUCCUUAUAGUCAUAGACUACAAUAUUCAGACUACCCGGCUGGCGCUAGUCUUAGACUACAAUAUUUAGACUACCCGGCUGGUGCUAGUCCUAAACUACAAUUUUUAGACUACCCGGCUGGUGCUUAUAGUCAUAGACUACAAUAUUCAGACUACCCGGCUGGCGCUAGUCCUAGACUACAAAAUUUAGACUACCCGGCUGGUGCUAGUCCUAAACUACAAUAUUUAGACUACCCAGGUGGUGCUAGUCCUAGACUACAAUUUUUAGACUACCCGGCUGGUGCUAGUCCUAGCCUACAAUAAUUAGACUACCUGGCUUGUGCUAGUCCUAGACUACAAUAUUCAGACUACCUGGCUGGUAUCUUAAAUAUAUGUUUAUGACGUGAAUUCCUGUACGGACCCAGGACCCGGAUCCGCAUAAACACCGCUGGCAAGAAUUAUAAUUUCUGUAAAAAUAUUUAUCUUUAGAGCUGUUCUAAUCUAGCUAAAUCUUGCUUUCCAAUAAACCUAAUUAUAUUCUA